CUUCCAUUUCUUGCACUUUUUCUUGGUUCUUUAAAGUUUGUACACUGUAUCGGACUCACUAAGAGAGGAAACCAGUCAAUGGAACCAGAGGAGAAUAGCACGUGCCAGACUUGCAAAACUUUUGGGCAAAAGUGCAGUCAUGUCGUGAAGAAACAAAGAACCAAGUUUUAUAUCAUUCGCCGUUGUAUCGCUAUGUUAGUCUGCUGGCGCGACAACAACAGCGACCGCAGCAACCGCGACCAUUCUUCUUCAUUGACCAGGAAGAGUCAUGAAAUUCCCUUCGAAAUGGAGAAGGUAGAACAGUUUGAGAUGUCUCCAGGUGAGAAAUACUUGGUAAACUACAGCAGACCAGACCCAAGUGACCCAGACCCUGAGAUGAGCUGGGGGUAA